CAACAGCUGGCGGUCCGCGAAGAGGAUGUGAUACGACUGGUGUUGGAGUUCCUGUCCGUCAGAGAGCUGUCGAUCUCUCAGCUGAGUGUUGAACGCGAGACGGGUCUCAACAACGGUGUCUUCAGCGACGACCUGCUAUUCCUCCGGCAACUCAUACUCGACGGCCAGUGGGACGACGUCUUGGCGUUCGUACAGCCCAUCGAAGCGGUGGACGCUUUCGACGCCAAACGCUUCCAGUAUCUGAUCCACAAACACAAGUACAUCGAGUUGUUGUGCAUCCGGUCAGAGGCCGGACCCAUACAUAACGUGGAGAUCGCCGUCAAUGAUGUGGUCGACACUCUCAACCAUUUGGAGCGCUUGUGUCCCACGCGUGAAGAGUAUAACGAGAUGUGUCUUCUCUUAACGGUUCCCAAUCUAUGCCAACUCAAAGAGUAUAAGCGCUGGAAUCCCAGCAAUUGGCGCAUCAAUUGCUUUAAAGCCGUUUUGCCGCUCAUCGAGAAGUAUCUGCCGGUCGACCGCAAGUCUGUCGCCGAUAACCCGCCGAAGACAGCGAAAGGCGAUCGUCUCAUGCAAUUGAUUAUUAAAGGCAUUCUUUACGAGUCGUGCGUUGAAUACUGCGAGCAAAAGGCGUCUACUUUUACGGGCAAACGGUGGACACAAAUGAAGUAUUCGGAUGUAUUAGACGGCACCGGCUUUAAUAAUUCGGAUCUCAGUUUGUUGUCAUGGCUUCAAUCGCUACCAAUGGACACGUUCUCACAUCCCUUCGAGCAGAAGACACUGAACGUGGAAGUGGAACAGCUGGAGAAGCCGUCGCUGAUGGCCUCGUGGUCUGAGCUAAUACUCGUCACACCAAUCAAACCCAAAGUGUUUCCCCAUUCGGCUACUCCUUUCACGCGCCGAAAGGCGUCGGACCUGAUGUCCAAAUCUCUGACACCGGGUUUAGUGGACGGACUCACCAAAAGUAUUAUGAAUUUCUCGAUUAGCGAUAUGACUGCUAUGAGUCGCUCCUCUUUCGCCACAACAGGCUUUCACUUAAACUCAAACAACAAUAACAAUGCAAUUAAUAAUUCGGUCAACAAUAAUAGUAACGGCAAUAAAAGCGUUAACAAGUCUUUGCAGACAUCAGUGGACCGGCUCUUCGAAGGCGACGAAGUCUUCAGUUCGAGUUGUUUCCAGAGAUUGCCCACCAUUUCGGAGAAGGCGUCGCCCGUAUCGACCCUAUCGGGCGAAGAGUCUCGAUGCGUGUCCAGCGCUAACCAAAGUGUCAUUUUAUCACCAAAUAGUUGUGCCAAAGAUGUUAAUAGCGGUCACAAUCCGCAGGACUUGUGGUUAAAGUUUCAAAAAGAGAAACAAAAACUGCUGGAAAAAUUGGGAUCCGAUGACGACUCUGUUGUCUUAAGCGCGACAACGACUACACAAAUGACACCAAACGAUAGAAACACAUUCGUUGUCCAGACAUCAGCGCACGGAUUGCGCGCCAACACAAUGCAAACGCCCGUCGUUUGCAGCGAUAUGAACGAAAAGGUGACACCAAUCGGCCAAACGGGUCAAUCCAAUUAUCCCAAUCCUCAGCGGUUAACCACGAGUACACCGAAAGGCAAUUAUCAACGCAUGAGAGAGACGCCAAACUUUGUUAUUACGAAUCAGUCGCCAAUCUGUCAGACAAACGGCUCUCACAAUAAGAACAUAUCAUUCAAUAAUAGUAUGGAUGAAAUGUAUACCAACACCAACUCAAACAUCACUUCAUCGCAUCAAUCAUCGCAACCAAUGAAUCAAUUUAGCGCCCAUUUAUCACAACAAACGCCAAACGCAUCCAAUCAGCAAACGCAUUGA